AAUCUCCUGAGAUAGUGUACUCCUUUAUAGAUUGAAAUGCUUUUAGGUCAGAUUUUCCUUCCUUUGGUUCUCUUACUGCCUUGUGGAAGAGAAUUUUAAUAUUAACUAUCAAAUUGGUUUUGUAUUUUUUUGCCUUUGGUAUAAGAAAAAUUCUGUGAUUCUUGAGUUUAAGUGGAGGACUGUAGGACCUUGAACUUGGUGACUUUCUUUUUGGAUCAAAUUUGGGAUACUGAACCCUUUACUGCCCUAAUAAACUCUUAACUCUAGAAAAGAGUAAUAAGUCAUAUCUUAUAAGUAUACCUGUAGGCCAUUUUAACUACAGUUUUAAGAAAUGUUCUCAUUAAUUUAUAUGAGACACUGGCAUAGUACUUAAUCUGACCAUUAAGCAUCAUUGCUUGGAUAUGCCAUCUUAAUGGAAUUCUCAUUUUAACUUCAGCUCUUUAAACCGUUUCCAUUUUGGUUUUCUUUUUUAUAGUCUCAGUUAAGUACCUAAUACCAUGGGUUAGUCUAAUGCUUUUCAGUUAAAAAAAAAGACUUGGACAUACAUAGCUUGUCACCUAUUGGUGACAAGUAAGGUACAUUCAAAAAAGUGAAGUCACUUACAUGUAUCCCCUUGUUUUUCUCAUUUAAAGAUCUGCCUUAUAUCUGACACAACUACAUGGAUAUAUAACUUCUGAAACUAUGCUGUAGGGGAAAAAGAGUUGUUUUCUCCAUUACACAAUCCAGUGAUGUUAUCUUGCCCAUGUUUUAGAUUCUUUUUAAAUGUUUGUAAGUAUACAGACUGAAUAAUAAAAAGUUUAAAAAGCUUUUUAAAUGUUUGAAAAGAAACUAAAGACUUAACUUUUCAUCUCCCAGAAAGAACAGUUAUCUUUAUGGAUGAGUCGCAGUGCAUGCAGCUGUCUCAUGUUUCAUUUCAUUAUUUUUGUGGGGAUUGUUUCCUGUUCUGUAGACCAGGUAAAUUUGCCCAUAUUUGAAACCUGCAACUGCCUCGAAAGGUUCAGCACUAGAGGUCAUUGACCUUUAAUUUAUCUUUUUUACUGACAAUACAUAAUGUUUCUAUGGAUAAGGAAGUUCCAGAAUGGCGAGACGGGGGCACAAAAUGUUCUUCUUGAUUAAAAUCCCAGUGUAAAAUAGAGGCAUUAUUAUCAGACAUAAUCGUAACAUUUUUAACUGUAUAAUGGAGCCAAGUAAAAACCAAUGUGUGACCUUGUACAAGUCAUUUUUUGUUCUUAAUUUGUAAAUGAAAGGGUUUGACUAGAUUUAGUUUUAUGUAGCAUUUAUUAAGAACCUGUUACAUGCUUGUUAUUACAGUAUGGCUUCUUAUAUCAAUGUUAAAUCUUUAUUAAAAAACUCUGGAGGAGAUGUAGUGGUUGCAGAAUUGGAAUUCUUCCCUUUUUUUUUUUUUUUUUUUGAGACAAUUUAGUUUUGCUGGCUCUUGUUGCCCAGGCUGGAAUGCAAUGGCGCCAUCUCGGCUCACUGCAACUUCUGCCUCUGCCUUCUGGGUUCAAGCGAUUCUCCUGCCUCAGCCUCCCAAGUAGCUGGGAUUACAGCCAUGCAUCGCCACAUCUGGCUAAUUUUGUAUUUUUAGUAGAAACGGGGGUUUCUCCAUGUUGGUGAGGCUGGUCUUGAACUUCUGACCUCCUCUGCCUCUCAAAGUUUUGGGAUUACAGGCAUGAGCCACCAUGCCCAGCCAGAAUUCGUCCUUUCAAGACCAUAUUUUUGGAUCCUGCCAUAUUUGCCAUGGUGUUUCUUACUAGAUAAAUUUAUUUGAAGAUUUCUUUUUAGCUUUAAGGAAUAUAUUAUAUGUGCAUAUGCUUUCCUGUUUGACAUGUUUGAGUCUUGUUGACUCUUUCAGUUUUUAAUAUUAAUAUCAACCUGAAAAUGUUUGCAUGAAGAAUACUGGGAAAGUACAUGGAUUGAGACUAAAGAGAGCAGCACAAUUUGUUUAGUACUCUGCCUCCCCAAAAUACAGAUUUUUACAAUCCUGUUAGAGCAAAUUAGCUAUUUUUGAAUAUUAUAUGGUAAAAUUCAGCAUUUGGAGCAGCCAGCAAUCAUAUAAGGAAAGAUACCUAUACAUGGAAGGACAGCACAAAAGGAAAAUAACUCAUUAGAAAGCAAAAAUUAGUCACUAUAUUCUAAACUUUCAAGUAAUAGUCUUUUUGUAUCACUUAGUGGUAGCUAAGGUAAAUACCAAUUAACAGUGACAUUAAUUAAAGUGGCUCAAUCUUUGAUUCUUAGUUUUGUAUAUAGCCUUCUCUUGUAAAUUUUAAGUGUUUCACAGUUUACAUCAACGUCAGAAGGUUUUUAGGUCUCAAACUCUAGCCCCUUAGCUGUAGAUCCUACAUAUUUUAUUUACUUUUCCUUUUAAAAGGAUCUACUAAGUCCUUCCCCUCUUUUAACUUCUUUUUUUCUUUUUUAGAGAUGGGGUCUUGCUAUGUUGACCAGGCUGGUCUUGAACUCCUGGCCUCAAGCAAUCACUUCCUUAACAGGCGUAAGCCACCACACCCAGCCCCUUUGUUUAGCUUUUCAUUGUAAAAGAAUUUCAAAUAUAUAUAAAAUGAGAGAAAAGACAAUGAACUCUCAGGUCUUUAUUAUUCAACUUUAACAAUUAGUUUUGUAGCUAACCUUAUUUAUCUAUACCCCUUCAUGGGUUAUUUUGAAGGGAAUCCCAGACAUCAUAUCAUUUUUACAGUUUGUUUGAAUCAGUAUCCUUAUAGCUACUGGUUGUUAUUUCUUAAACUCUAGAUCCCUUUAAAAUUUUUUUCUUACAAUUUUUUAUUUGUUGAAGAAACUGGAUCCUUUGUCCUCUGGAAUUUCCCACCGUCUGUUUUUUACUGAUGUUAUCUUCAUAUAGCAUAUUCUUCUUCCCCUUUAUUACGAUAAAUUGGUAGAGAUAUGUUUUAAUAUUUCCGCAAGAAUACUUCGUAGGUGGUGGUGUGUACUUACAUUGGGAGGCUGAGCUCCUUUUACUUUAAUGGAACAUACUUCCUUGACUAUACUGAAGUGGAUAUAAUGUUGCUCUAGGGAGAGAUGUUUUUCUUUUCAGGGCAUCUGAGGCAAAAUUCAUUCUAGGUUCUAUUCUUCUUUUUUUUUUCUUUUUUUUUUUUGAGAAUAAAGAAAGGAAGAAAAAAGAGAGAAAGAGAGAGGAAGAGAAAAUGGGAGAGAGAACGGGAAUCUUGCUCUAUUGCCCAGGCUAGAAUGCAGUCUAAAAAUGGGUAUUAAAAACCUCUUUUAUACCAAUAAAUGUGCUUAAAAAUGGAGACAGGAAGGAAUAAGGGAGGAAAAUAACAAAAAAGCAGCCAACCAGUAUUUCAUUUAAACCUGUGAAAUGCUAUGCAAUUGCUGAGGAGUGACUUACUUCCAAUUUUGUGGUCACUUUUAGAAUAGGUGUGAUGUGAUACUGAGAAAAAUGUGUGUUUUGUGGAUUUGGGAUGGAGAGUUCUGUAAAUGUUUAUUAAGUUUACUUAUUCCAGGUAUGAGUUCAAGUCCUGGAUAUCCUUGUUAAUUUUCUGUCCCGUUGAUGUGUUUAAUAUUGACAAUGUAGUGCUAAAGUCUCCCACUAUUAUUAUGUGGGAGUCUAAGUCUCUUUGUAAGUCAUUAAGAACUUGCCUUAUGUAUCUGGGUGCUCCUGUAUUGGGUACAUAUAUAUUUAGGAUCAUUAGCUCUUCUUGUUUCAUUGAUCCUUUUACCAUUAUGUAAUGUCCUUCUUUGUCUCUUUUGGUCUUUGUAGCUUUAGAGUCUGUUUUAUCAGAGACAAGAAUUGCAACUCUUGUGUUUUUUUUCCUCUCCAUUUGGUUGGUAAAUCUUCCUUCAUCCCUUUGUUUUGAGUCUUUGUGUAUCCUUGCAUGUGAGAUUGGUCUUGAUGCAGUAUACCGAUGGGCUUUGGCUUUUUAUCCAAUUGGAUGUCUGUGUCUUUUGAUUGGGGCAUUUAGCCCAUUUAAAUUUAGGAUUGAUAUUGAUAUAUAUGAGUUUAAUACUGUCAUUGAAUGCUGGCUGGCUGUUUUGCCCAUUAGUUGGUGUAAAUUCUUCAUUAUGGUAAUGCUCUUUACCUUUUUGUAUGUUUUUGGAAUAGCUGACACUAGUUGUUCCUUUCUAUGUGUAAUGCUUCUUUCAGAAGCUCUUGUAAAGCAGGCCUGGUGGUGAUGAAAUCUCUGAGUACUUGCUUGUUCACAAAAAAUUCUAUUUUUCCUUCCCUUCUGAAGCUUAGUUUGGCUGGAUAUGAAAUUCUGGGUUGAAAGUUCUUUUCUUUAAGAAUGUUGAAUAUUGGCCCCCACUCUCUUCUGUCUUGUAGGGUUUCUGCUGAGAGAUCUGCUGUGAUUUUGAUAGGCUUCCCUUUGUGGGUAACCUGACCUUUUUCUCUGUCUGCCCUUAGUAUUUUCUCCUUCAUUUCAACCCUGGUGAAUCUAACAGUUAUGUGCCUUGGGGUUGCUCUUCCUGAGGAGUAUCUUUGUGGUGUUCUCUGUAUUACCUGGAAUUGAGUAUUGUCCUGCCUUGCUAGGUUGGGAAAGUUUUCCUGGAUAAUAUCCUGAAGAAUAUUUUCCAGCUUGGAUUCAUUCUCUUCAUCACAUUCAGAUACUCAUAUGAAAUGUAGAUUAGGUCUUUUCACAUAGUCCCAUAUUUCUUGGAGACUUUGCUCAUUCCUUUUUAGCCUUUUUCUCUAAACUUGUCUCAUUUUAUUUCAUUAAGUUGGUCUUCGACUUCCGAUAUCCUUUCUUCUGCUUGAUAAUUCACCUGUUAAAACUUGUGCAUACUUCGUGAAGUUCUCAUAUUGCGUUUUUCAGCUCUAUUAAUUCACUUAUAUUCCUCUCUAAAUUGUCUAUUCUCAAUAGCAUUUCAUCAAACCUUUUUUUCAAGGUUCUUAGUUUCUUUGCAUUGGGUUAGAACAUGUUCUUUUAGCUCACAGAAGUUUCUUAUUUUCCACCUUCUGAGGCCUGAUUCUGUCAAUUCAUCACACUCAUUCUCCAUCAGGCCUUGUUCUGUUGCUGAUGAGGAGCUGCGAUCCCCCGUAAGAGGAGAGACAUUCUGAUUUCAGGUAUUUUCAGUCUUUUUGCACUGGUUUCUUCCCAUCUUUGUGGAUUUACCCACCCGUCGUCUUUGUAAUUGCUGACUUUCAGAUUGGGUCUCUGAGUGGACAUCCAGCUUGUUGGUGAUGAAGCUUUUUCUUUUUCUUAGUUUUUCUUUGGCGGAUUCCCCUCCCCCACAGAGCUGGACCUUCCCAGAUUCAGCUGUGCUUGCUGUGAAACUCUCAAUCUUCAGCGCUUCCAAUUGCUGUUUUUUUUGUGGGGGCACUGCGCCGGCUGAAACAGCAGCAUUGAGAUUCAUGGCGCUCUUCUGCCCAGGAAUCUCCCGGUCUGGCUCCCUGCUUCAGUCCCCCCCUUCAAUUAGCUGAAUGGGUGACUCUGCCUUCCCAGAGCUCCAAACACCAACUAAAAGGGCAUCGAGUUCCAUAUACUCCAUACUGAGAACUGCCGUGCCAGCCAAAGGAGUCACGCUGGCGACCCGUGGGGCUCCUCCGCUGGAAUCUCCUGGUCCAUGGGCAACAAAAAUUCGUCUGUAAGUGUGGUGUCCACUCAGUCUCUGCGCUUUCACUGGGAGCUACAAUCCUGAGCUGCUGCUAAUCGGCCAUCUUGGAUCUCUCUCCCUGGUUUUUUCUUAUACUCCCCCCUCCCCCCACCACAGUCCUCGCCUUUGAACUUUAGGUUAGGGAUUGUUGGGAAGAGACUAUUACCCACCUGCUGUAUGCUUCUAAAUUAUUUAGUUAAGAAUAUAGAAACUAAAUAACUAUUCCGAAUAGUAGCAAAUACAGUAUAUCUAUAAAAGUUUUUCCCAUCUCUUUAGGUUUCCUGCAGUACAUACAGCCACCAUCGCUACAGGGAAGGUUCACCUAGCAUUGCUGUAUCAAGUUCUGAAUAUAUCAUUGCCCAUUUGUUCCUAGGCUUUCUUGAACAUUUUGCAAAGACUUAAUAAAUGAUAUUUAUAACAUCACAGUUUUCUGGACUUGGAACUAAUUCAGCACUAGCAAGGCCAUUCUCAUCGUGGGGGUGAGAAAGCUCAGAUGCACUUAAGUGAUAUAUUUGCUUCUAGUAUUCCAGAAUCCUUGAAAAUCCAUCUUCCUGUGACCCACCCCUUGAAUCUGUUUUAAUAUCCUUUGACUUGUAUGGUUCUAAUAUAAAGUUUGUGUCAAAGACCAUGAUCCAAAUACUUUUUUCCACACUGCUGUCUCUAGCUUGCUUCCCUUUCUCUCCCUUCUCUCUUUCUUCCAUCCUUCCUUUUAUUGAUCACAUGUUUAUAAUUGCCUAAUGUGUACCAGGCAAAGUGCUAGACUCAGGAAGCAAGUUAACUAGACAUAGGCCUGUGUACAAGGGAAAGGUUGGCCCACUGGGACAUUUAAUUAUUGAUAUAAAAAAUAACUGUCACGUCACACAUAGAAUCCAGGAAAAGUCAACCCCCAAAUGUGAAAAGCAAAAGUUAAGAAGAAAAUAAAAUAUCUUUCUGAGCUCACGAUAAGAUUUCUUUAAAUACAUCAAACGUAAUUUUCAUAAAGAAAAAUAUUAAUAAGUUUGACUACAUUAAAAUAACUUUCUGUAUGAUAAUGAACACUGUAAAAAAAAAAGCAACAUGCUGCUGAUGGUGAGAAGUUAUUUGUAACUCAGGUAGUUGACAAAAGAUUAGUAUCUAAGGUAUAAGAAGAGCUCCUGUUAGUAAAUAAAAUAAUAAAAACAACCACGUAGAAAAUGGGGUAAAGGAUAUAAGUAGGCAAUUCACAGAAGAAAACUUAGUGUUCAGUAAAUAUAUUAAGGUGUUCAACCUCACUGAUAAAGAAAUGCAUUUUAAAACAGCAAAAUGUUUCAUACUCGUCAGAUUAGCAGAAGUCUGUCAUUACCUGUUUUGGAGAGGACAGAGAGAAAUCAAUGUUAUAUCCAGCCAAUGGAGUAUGAAUUGGCCAAAAUUACCUGGAAAGGCAAUUUGGCUAUAAUCAGAAAGUUGAAGAUAAGCAUAUUAUAGUGCUUGUUUUGUAUAUGUGUCCAAGAAAAAGUCCUGUAAUAUGAACAACAAAAUCUACAUACCAAACAUUUGUUGCAGUGUUGUACAUUACUGUAUGGAGCUAGAAAUACCAUAAGAGUCCAUUGUUAAAGAAUAAGUAAAGUGGUAUGUUCAAACAAUGGAAUAUUAUGUAUAGUAGUUUGCUAGGGCAGCCACAACAAAGUACCACAGACUUGAUGGCUUAAGCAACAGAAAUUUAUUUUUUAUCAGUUCUGGUGGCUUGAGGUCCAAGAUAAGGUACCAGCAGGGCUGAUUCUUCCUAGCACUGUAUCCAUUCCAUUAAACAGCACCCAGGUUAGGGCUUCAAUAUACAAAUAAUGGGGAGGGGUCUGGACACACAAUUUAAUCCACACUUGUAUGUAACAGUUACAAUGGAUAAACUAGAAUGUAUCAAAAUGGAUAAACAUCUAAUGCCUAUUAAGUAAUUUUUUUUAAAAAAAGAAUGAUACAUGUAGCAGAACUUCAUGCCUGUGAAGUAAAUAAAACUGUUACAUUGUUUAUGGAGGUAGGCAGCAUUUAUAGUAAAUGUAUAUACACUCAUGGGAAUAAUAACUUCUGGAUAGUGGUCACCACUGAGAAAGGAAUGGUGGAAUGUUAUAGGAAAAAAAUCCCAUGGGGACUUUAUCUGUAACGUUUUCUUCCUUAAGGGAAAAAAGCAAAAAGUUCAGGUUUAUUAAGACUGGCUAGCAGGUACAUAGGUGUUAUAUUAUUCUUUAUAACUGUCCUAUAUAUUUGGAACCUGAUAAUAUUAAAAAAAAAGCAAAGAAAAUACUAUAUCAAUGAAUGAAGUGCUAUUAAUAGAAGUUGAAAAUUCAUUUGAAUAAUAAGAUCUAGUAAUCAAAUAUUAGGCACAAGUUACCUCAUGAUAAAGUUCAUGCUUCUGGUUGAGAGUAGUUUUUAUGUUUAGAACAACAAUAAAAAUCUAUAAAUCUUUAUAGUAUCCUAUGUCAAAAGCAAGAAGUUUACUUUCCACAUAUAAAAAAGUUUGAGCUUUUGAAAUAACUCAUUUGUAGAGCAUUGAGUUGCAUAUACUAGGGAACUUCUAAUAAUGUAACACAAUACAUAGCAUAUGGCAUUUUGUUCUAGAGCAGUGGCUCUCAACUAGGAACAUAUGGAAAUGUGUGGGGUAACUUUGGUUGUCAGAAUGACUAGGAAGCACUGCUGGCAUUUAGUGAAUACCAUCUUAUGAUUCCAAACAUACUAUAAUGCGUUUGAUAAACCCAUAAAGUAAAGCAAGAUGCCAUCCUAAAUGUCAGUACCUGGUUGAGAAACAUUGGUCUAUAGGUUAAUUUCCUUUAAUGAAAAGUAGAUUCUUUAAAUUCACAAGAGCAGGCAAGCACUAUGAACAAUUACUAUUUCCAAGGCAACUUGGAUUACAGAGAAAAACAGGAUUUUUACUUUGGAGUCUGUUGAUUAGGCACUAAUAAUAGCUAAAGGACGUUUUUUUCUUAAUUUUAUGAUCCUAAUUUUAUUAGGUAAAUUAAUAACAAAAAAUUAACCACAUAAAAUAUACUAUUCAGUUGCAUUUAGUAACUUUAUGAUGUUAUGUAGCCAUUACCUCUAUCUAGUUCCAGAACAUUUUUCAUCAUCCAAAAGGAAUACGCAUUAAGCAAUCACUUCAUUUCGUCAACCCCAGUCAACCACUUGCCUGCUUUCUGCCUCCCUUGAUACAGCUAUUCUGGAGAUUUCAUAUACAGAUCAUACAAUACGUGACCUUUUACAUCUGUCUUCUUUCACUUAGCAUAAAGUUUUCAUGGUUUAUCCAUAUUGUAGCAUGUGUUGGUACUUCAUUCCUUUUUAUGGUUGAAUAAUAUUUCAUUUUAAUAACAUAUCACAUUUUGUUUAUAUGUUCAUCACUGUUGAUGGCCAUUUGGCUUAUUUCCUCCAUUUGACUCUUGUGAAUAGUGCUGCUAUGAACAUUCAGCAAGUUUGUGGAGAGGUUUUUGUUUGCAUACCUAUUUUUAUUUCUUUGGGUGGAACUGUUAGAUGAGGUGGUAAUUCUGUGUUUUUGCUUUUUGAGGAUGUCAGGCUUUUCAAUAGCAGCCACACCAUGUUUCGUUCCCACAAGCAAUGUACAAGGAUUCCAAUCUCCCCAUCCUCGCUAACAGAAUCUUUUGCUUUUAAGAAGCAAUUUAAAUGUCUGCAUGGUGUGGUUUUUUAUUUUUUAUUUCCUUUUUUUCUGGCUACGUCUUUAUAGAAUUAGCCACUAUUAUGACUAUUAUUAUUUUUUAAAAUAAUAUAAAAUGUUGUUUUAUAUGAGCAAACAAAAGCAAAAGUACAUACUUUUAAUAUGAGCAAGUAUAAGGUAAAAAUAAGUUUUGCUAUGAUGGACUGAGCUAAGUCACAACCUACAAAGAGAUCUAUAGUCAAUGUGUUUUUAAUGGAAUUAAUUUUUUUAUAGGAAUAGCUAAGAGUUUGAUUUCUCCUGGCAAGGAAAGAAUGUAAGAGCUUCUCCUAGUUGAUAUAUUAUAGUGUACCUCCCCUAUCUCAUGUUUUCUUUGGGUUAAAUCUAGUAUCUGGCAUUCACAGAUACCUCUGUUUCUACAACACAAGAAAUUUGAAUCAAGUAUAAAGGAAUUAUGAGUCACUCUGACUUCAGAAUUGAGGACUCCAAAUAAAUGUAAAAAUAGCAUUGAACUUUUGGAUAGAGGCUAAACUUGGUGUUGGAAGGGAUAAGUGAGAGUCUCCUAGAAUAUUUUCUGCAGUAAAAAAUAGUUUACCAACAAUUUGUUGAAACUGGGGAAACAGAUUAUGAAAUGUUUCUGGCAAACAAGAUACCUAAAGGUUUUUUUCUGUCCUACUGUUGCUUACAUUAUAUUAUAUAUUAUGUAUGUUUGGCCCAUGACUGCUAAUUUAUUCUAUCUUGUUUAAAUUUGAAUAGAGGGAAAUAUUACAUGGUAUUUUUAUAACGUAUUUCUUUAUGAGAAAGCAGGAUUAGACUAAGUUGGUUUUUUUUUUAAUUUUUAAACACAUGUUUCCUAACAUUUACUAUUUCUUUUGUAUAAUUACCCUAGAUAAGAAAGCUUUAUCCAGCCUCACCCUGUAGUUUGAUUUAGAGGAAACAAAAUAUGUUUACUUGAGCUGUAUUUUCAUUGCUUAACUUUUUAUCUGGUUAGUUUUUAUCUGCUUUAUUGCUGGCAUUUUCCCCCUCUUCCCUGCUACUUUAUAUCAAUAACAUUCUGAUGAUAUGACUUGAUAUGUAAAUCUUGAAAGAUAUAGAAAAUGAGUGGUUAGCAUGUUCCAUAAAUAUAAUAGUUAUGAUGCCACAGCACAAUUAUGGUACUGAUAUUUUGUUUUUUAAAAUCUAAUACCAAAAUGCCAGAUCGAUACUAUUUAAUUAAAAUUUUUAUAAAAAUAAAAGUUAAUCAGCAAAACUGGAAGUUCAAUGCUUAUCAUCAAUUAUCAAUAAUCAUGAAUUUAAAUAAUUAGAAGAAUAUUAAUGUUGAGCAUACAUUAUCAUUGGGACAAAAAUUAUUUGCAGAUAAAAUUAGUAAUACAGUUUUAUUAAAAAAUUUAAAAUGGCCUCAGAGGCUGCCUGUCUGCUGGUUCCCAAACCACAUGUGCCUUCCCUGCCUGGGUCUUGUUGCAAUCGCCACCACCACUGCACCAUGGCUUUCAUCACCAGGCAGUUCAUUUACUCUGUGUCCUCCUCAUCCACAGCCCUGUGCAAGAAAAAUCAUUGUCAAGCACAUAAUGGUCAUCAGCAUCACACAGAUUGCUGCAGUGACCAGCCACACAGUAGUGUUGCUAGACCAGACAGAGGACAUCUUGGCAGAAUAUAAAAAGGGAAUUGAGAAGAGCCUUGGGAAAGUGGCAAAGAAGUUGUUUGCAGAAAACACUAAGGCUGAUGAUGAAUUUGUGGAGAAAACCCUAAGCAACAUAUCAACCAGCACAGAUGCAGCAUCCAUAGUUCACAGUACAGACCUGGUGGUAGAAGCCAUUGUAGAGAAUCUAAAGACAAUUGUAGAGAAUCAAGCUCUCAAGAGGCUGCACAGGUUUGCGGCUGAACAUACAGUUUUUGCCAGUAAUACUUCCUCCUUGCAGAUUGCAAGCAUAGCCAAUACUGCCACCAAACAAGACUGAUUUGCUGGCCUCCAUUUACUCAAUCCAGUGCCCCUGAUGAAACUUGCAGAGGUCCUUAAAACAUCAGUGGUCACUCAAAAGACAUUUCAAUCUUUGGUAAACUUGAGCAAAACCCUGAGAAAACAUCCUGUUUCUUGCAAGGACACUCCUGGGUUUAUUAUCAGCUGUCUCAGGAUUCAACACCUCAUGGAAGCAGUCAGGUUGCAUACAUAAGGUGAUGCAUCCAAGGAAAACAUUGAUACCGCUAUGAAGGUAGGAUCCAGGAACCCCAUGGAUUCACUUGAGCUUCUAGAUUACGUUGGGCUGGAUACUGUGAAGUUCAUUAUGGAUGGAUUGCAUCAAUAGAUUUCAGACCAGCCCAUCCUUGAAAAAGCUGAUGGCAAAGAGAAGUCUGAAGAAGGAUUGUACGAAUACAUAUGAUGCUCAGCUUCUCUGGCUCUGCAAAGAACUCCUCAAAACUGUACAAUCUAAAGUGGACUGCAUUUUGCAAGAAGUUGAGAAGUUUACAGACCUAGAGAAACUCUACCUCUACCUUCAGCUGCCUUCUGGUCUCAGCAAUGGAGAGAAAAGUGAUCAGAAUGCCAUGUCAUCUAGUCGGGCACAACAAAUGCAUGCCUUUUCCUGGAUUCGGAGUACCCUAGAGGAACAUCCUGAGACUUCACUGCCCAAACAGGAAGUCUAUGAUGAGUACAAGAGCUAUUGUGACAAUCUUGGUUACCAUCCAUUAAGUGCUGCUGAUUUUGGAAAGAUCAUGAAAAACGUCUUUCCAAAUAUGAAGGCACGUCGUUUGGGCACAAGAGGCAAAUCUAAAUAUUGCUACAGUGGACUAAGAAAAAAAGCUUUUGUUCAUAUGCCAACACUGCCCAACCUUGACUUUCACAAAACUGGAGACGGAUUGGAAGGAGCUGAACCUUCUGGGCAGCUUCAAAAUAUAGAUGAAGAAGUUAUCUCUUCUGCUUGCCGUCUUGUGUGUGAGUGGGCCCAGAAAGUGUUAAGCCAACCAUUUGACAACAUCUUGGAAUUAGCCCGCUUCCUUGUAAAAAGUCACUAUAUAGGCACCAAGUCAAUGGCAGCUCUAACUGUAAUGGCAGCAGCACCAGCAGGAAUUAAAGGAAUUACCCAGCCUUCUGCUUUUAUACCUACAGCUGAAAGUAAUUCCUUUCAGCCUCAGGUGAAGACUUUGCCGUCUCCAAUUGAUGCUAAACAGCAGUUGCAACGGAAAAUCCAAAAGAAGCAGCAAGAGCAAAAACUACAAUCCCCUUUGCCAGGAGAAUCCUCAGCAAAAAAAUCAGAAAGUGCUACAAGCAAUGGAGUAACUAAUAUUCCUAAUGGAAAUCCUUCAAUCCUUUCUCCUCAACCUAUUGGUAUCGUUGUGGCAGCUGUCCCUAGUCCCAUUCCGGUCCAGCGGACUAGGCAAUUGGUAACUUCACCGAGUCCAAUGAGUUCUUCUGAUGGCAAAGUUCUUCCUCUCAACGUACAGGUGGUCACUCAGCACAUGCAGUCUGUGAAGCAGGCACCAAAGACUCCCCAGAACAUUCCAGCCAGUCCUGGUGGAGAUCGUUCUGCCCGGCACCGUUACCCUCAGAUCUUACCCAAACCAGCCAACACCAGUGCACUCACCAUUCGCUCUCCAACUACGGUCCUCUUUACUAGUAGUCCCAUCAAAACUGCUGUUGUACCCGCUUCACACAUGAGUUCUCUAAAUGUGGUGAAAAUGACAACAAUAUCCCUCACACCCAGCAACAGUAACACCCCUCUUAAACAUUCUGCCUCAGCCAGCAGUGCUACAGGAACAACAGAAGAAUCAAGGAGUAUUCCACAGAUCAAGAAUGGUUCUGUUGUAUCACUUCAGUCUCCUGGGUCCAGGACCAGCAGUGCGGGGGGAACAUCUGCUGUGGAAGUCAAAGUGGAACCUGAAACAUCAUCAGAUGAACAUCCUGUACAGUGCCAAGAGAACUCUGAUGGGGCUAAAGCUCCCCAAACACCUAGUGCCCUUUUGGGGCAGAAAAGUAACACAGAUGGAGCACUGCAGAAACCUUCAAAUGAAGGUGUCAUUGAAAUAAAAGCAACUAAGGUCUGUGACCAGAGGACCAAAUGUAAAAGUCGCUGUAAUGAAAUUCUGCCAGGCACAUCAACAGGCAAUAAUCAAAGCACUGUCACUCUAUCAGUUGCUUCUCAGAACUUAACUUUCACCAGCACCAGCUCACCAUCUAAUGGUGACUCAAUCAAUAAAGACCCUAAAAUAUGCACUAAAAGCCCAAGAAAACGACUGUCUUCUACAUUGCAAGAGACCCAGGUGCCUCCUGUAAAGAAACCAAUUGUGGAACAGCAUUCAGCAGCUACCAUAGAAGGGCAGAAACAAGGCAGUGUUAAGAAGGACCAAAAGGUUCCACAUUCAGGGAAAACAGAAGGUUCAACAGCAGGUGCUCAGAUUCCUAGCAAGGUAUCAGUAAAUGUCAAUUCACACAUAGGAGCGAAUCAACCCUUGAAUUCUCCUGCCCUUGUUAUCAAUGAUUCAGCUUUGGAACAGCCAGCAACUCCAUCAUCAUCUCCAGAUAUAAAAGUAAAACUUGAAGGAAGUGUCUUUCUCUUGGACAGUGAUUCAAAGUCAGUUGGCAGCUUUAAUCCAAAUGGAUGGCAGCAAAUCACUAAGGAUUCUGAGUUUAUAUCUGCCAGUUGUGAACAACAGCAAGAUAUCAGUGUUAUGACAAUUCCUGAGCACUCUGAUAUCAAUGACUUAGAAAAAUCUGUUUGGGAAUUAGAAGGAAUGCCACAGGACACAUAUAGCCAGCAGCUACAUACCCAGAUACAAGAAUCUUCUUUGAAUCAAAUACAAGCACAUCCUUCAGAUCAGUUACCUCUGCAAUCUGAACUGAAGGAGUUUGAGCCUUCUGUUUCCCAGACAAAUGAAAGCUACUUUCCUUUUGACGAUGAACUUACGCAAGAUAGUAUUGUGGAAGAGCUGGUGCUUAUGGAGCAGCAAAUGUCAAUGAACAACUCGCAUUCCUAUGGCAGCUGUUUGGGAAUGACCCUUCAGAGUCAGUCAGUAACUCCAGGAGCUCCAAUGUCAUCUCACACCUCCAGCACCCACUUCUAUCAUCCAAUCCAUAGCAAUGGCACUCCAAUCCACACACCUACACCUACACCCACACCCACACCCACUCCUACCCCAACCCCAACCCCAACAUCUGAAAUGAUUGCUGGAUCUCAGAGUCUAUCACGGGAGAGCCCUUGUUCCAGGCUAGCCCAGACUACACCUGUGGAUAGUGCUUUAGGAAGUAGCCGGCAUACACCCAUUGGUACUCCACAUUCUAACUGCAGCAGUAGUGUCCCUCCCAGCCCUGUUGAAUGCAGGAAUCCAUUUGCAUUCACUCCAAUAAGCUCCAGUAUGGCAUAUCAUGAUGCCAGCAUUGUGUCAAGUAGUCCUGUGAAACCAAUGCAAAGACCCAUGGCCACACACCCUGACAAAACUAAGCUUGAAUGGAUGAAUAAUGGGUAUAGUGGGGUUGGUAAUUCAUCGGUGUCUGGCCAUGGCAUACUCCCAAGCUAUCAGGAACUAGUGGAAGACCGUUUCAGGAAACCUCAUGCUUUUGCUGUGCCUGGACAGUCUUACCAGUCUCAAUCCAGACAUCAUGACACUCAUUUUGGUCGUUUGACUCCUGUCUCUCCUGUGCAGCAUCAAGGUGCCACUGUAAAUAACACCAACAAACAGGAGGGUUUUGCAGUCCCUGCCCCUCUUGAUAAUAAAGGAACUAAUUCAUCUGCCAGCAGCAACUUCAGAUGCCGGAGUGUGAGCCCUGCUGUUCAUCGCCAACGUAAUCUUAGUGGAAGCACCCUCUACCCAGUAUCUAAUAUCCCACGAUCUAAUGUGACCCCCUUUGGAAGUCCAGUAACCCCAGAAGUUCAUGUUUUCACAAAUGUUCACACAGACACAUGUGCCAACAACAUAGCUCAAAGAAGCCAAUCAGUUCCAUUAACAGUCAUGAUGCAGACAGCCUUCCCAAAUGCUCUUCAGAAGCAGGCAAACAGUAAAAAAAUAACCAAUGUUUUGUUGAGUAAACUUGAUUCUGACAAUGAUGACGCAGUGAGAGGUUUGGGAAUGAACAACCUGCCCUCUAAUUAUACGGCCCGGAUGAAUCUCACUCAGAUUUUGGAACCUUCUACUGUUUUUCCUAGUGCCAACCCACAAAAUAUGAUCGAUUCCAGCACUUCUGUUUAUGAAUUCCAGACACCAUCUUACCUCACCAAAAGUAAUAGCACCGAUCAGAUCAAUUUUUCUCCUGGAGAUAAUCAAGCACAAUCAGAAAUUGGAGAGCAACAGUUAGAUUUCAAUAGCACUGUUAAAGACCUGUUGAGUGGAGACAGCUUGCAACCCAACCAGCAGCUGGUAGGUCAGGUAGCAUCUGAUCUCACCAACACUGCAUCUGAUUUCUCUAGCGAUAUCAGGUUGUCUUCUGAACUCUCAGGCAGCAUCAAUGAUUUGAACACUUUAGACCCAAAUCUACUGUUUGAUCCAAGUCGUCAGCAGGGACAAGAUGAUGAAGCUACACUGGAAGAAUUAAAGAAUGAUCCAUUAUUUCAACAAAUUUGCAAUGAAUCCAUGAAUUCUAUGACUUCAUCAGGUUUUGAAUGGAUAGAAAGCAAGGACCAUCCUACUGUUGAAAUGUUGGGUUAAAUUGUGUUUUAUAAUAUGUAGCACACUGUAUCUAAAGACAUAUGUAUUGUAUUUGUCUUAAUGGAAGUGCCUCCCGCAGCAGAAAUACUAUUAAUUGUGACAUUUUAAAAGCGUUUGCUGCAGAAGUGGUUUCUUCUUCAGUAGGAAAUGGUUAGACUUGCCUCAGUUCUUAAAAAGUGUCUAAAGACAGUAGUCUGUAGAAGAACAAGUAUUAGGUUUUAAAUUUUAUAAUGUGCCCCAUUUAAUCACAUUGUUUGCUAGUAAUCAAUUGACUAUCCAGCUGUUACAAGAGCAGUCAAUCUUUAUUUUGUGCAAGUUGGUUUCAUCAGUUGAUCUGCACAGAACUCAGAAUAAACCAUCAAUUUUAGACAUAGGCUAUUUUGUUGUUGGCAUUAUCUUUUAGAUACAAAAUCAUAGCUAAGGUGAACUGUAGACAAGAAGGUCUUCCUUGAAACAGGGAUAAUAUUCAGGUUAUUAUAAAUAUUUAGGCUUGAAGCAUAGAGCUACUGUAGGAUGAAAAUAUCUGUAGGACUUUCUGGGGCUUCAGUACCGUUUAUACACGCAUGAUGAAGGGCUUAAAUAGGAGAAAAUAAUGGAAAAUUAAAUAUUACUUUAAGGAAAGCAAAGCUGCACUAAAAUUUUUAAGAGAAAAAAACAAGUAGCCAUUUAUAUUUGUGACCCUGCAUUAAUAUUAUUUGUAAGUGUUGAUUUUAAUAUGGAGCUAGCCCACAUGGAUGCACAGGCACACACACACUAAACAAGUAAAUAUAACUCGACAUUUGUAAUAUAAAUACAAGCAUGUUAGAAAAAUGCUUUAUGUUUUGUUAGUUGAGGUAGGGGAAUGAGCAGGAAAACAAAAGCAUUCUCUUUGUUUCAUCACAAUGGUUGCAUGUACUUAUUGAGAUUCUAAUUGAGAUUUAUUUUGAAGUUUUUCAUUAAAAUAUAUCUCAGUAAUCAAUUUUUUCCUCUUCAGUUGAGUGACUGAUUCCUUCACUCCUCUUGAAUAUAGUAACAUAGUUUGAUCCUAGGAUCCCUUUGAAAAACAAGCAGGAAGAAGGAUAACAUAAAAAACAGCAAAAAACAUUUCACCACAUAAGGUCUGAAGCCACAUAUCUUUGUAUCUCUGAUGAAACAAAGGGGAUAUCAAUAGUACUUGAAGAAGAGGAGCAUUUUAUUACUUGCUUUAUUUAUUUAUUGUGAUAACCACGAUUGCAAAUGAAGAACUCAGGAUUUGUUUUAAAAUGUUUCUCUCAAUGGCUCCCUUUUUUUUGUGAAUAAUUAUUUAUGAGUUGCAUAUUGACACAAAUCUCACUGGUUGAAAGCUCCAUUUAAGUGAGUAUCAAGAUCACUUUCAAAAAGAUUUUUAAAUUGCCAUUGUUUAAAAAGCUAACACGAAACCAUUUGCUAUGCUGCCUUGAACCUAGCUAAGCUUUCCUUUAUCUUAGUAAGCCAAUCAGAAGACUACAAUCAAUGAAUAUUUAGCAAAUGUGCUGAAGAGUUUAAUUUAAUAUGGUUUUGUUGUUCAAUAAAUUUGCAAGGUAGGGUAUUAACAUAUUUUGAUAAAUAAAUGGUGCUAGAGUUGGCGCAGAGGUUUAUAAAUUGAUAUGUCUUAGUUAUUGGCAUUUGUGUGUGUUUGCUGUUAAUCUUGAUUUAAUGAUUUGUUAGGUACUUUUUUCUUGAUGCUAGUUAUUUCUUCACUGUACAUUGAGACAGAGCACUACUGCACACCAAAGUAUGCAAUACCCAAAGGAAAUUGUGUGAUUUCUUCUAACAAAUGAUGGGAGCCUUUCUCUAUGAGAUACUCUGAAAAGGAGAUUUUGAGGCCAUUCUAAUCCCUUGUUUACAUUAUUAGCUUCCUACUAAUAUAAAAAUAAUGGAAAUCUUUUUUGAUAAAAAUAUAAAGACUGGAGGAUUUUUAACCCCCUGUACAGUAUUGCAGCAAACCUCUUUAAAUUUGGUUGAAUUCGUCCAGCAAACUUUCUGGGGUUCCUACAUUGCACUAAAUUUGUUGAACCUGUGGUAGGCACAUCUCUUAGGAUAAAUGCAACCAAUACAGUCCACAGAUUAAACUUUUUAAAUGUGUUUCAUUAUGAAAAGACAAAAUGUCAUCAAAGUGACAGAUAAAAUUGUCUUAUGUAGCAAUGUGCAUUGAUCUCAAUGAGAUAUUUCUUUUAUUCUCUUACAUGAGAAUAUUACAGCAGGAAGAAUUAAGUUUAGUUUGCUUCACCAUGUUAAUACAUGAUCACAAAAUGUGCAUGAGUGUUAUUGACUUACCUUGUACAGUACUAGGAUUCCUGUAACCACUCUUUUUUUUCUUCGCUGUAUUGAAACUGGUUCACUGUUAACCGGGCAAGCAUAGUUAUUCACAGGUUAUUUACUUUAUGUUUACUAAUUCUGCUUAGUUAUUGUUGAACAUGUUCUGUUCCAGAUUAUUUUUUAUUGUUUUGACGUUUAAAACAUUUUACAUACUGUUUAUCAUAAGACUUCAUGAAGUAAAUAAUUUUGCAUAUAAUUGCAAUAAGCACUGACUUUUGAACUGAAAAGAAGGAAAGUGUUUUUUUGUGCAGUGCAUCUGAGGUUCAUAUAAUAGUCUUGUACUAUAAUGUGCUUUACUACACGAUAAAUGACAAAAACAAGCCCUGUUUCAUGUUUCAUUUAGUGCAAAAAGUCGGAUUUCCCCAGUGUUUUGUUGUCUGUUGUACCUGCUGAAACUACAGUAGUUGACUAUUGCGGUAGCAUUUCAGUUCUCUUUUUUUAUUAAAAGUGCUUAAAAAUUGUUUUUUAAAUGUUUUCAAAAACAAUUAAAAACAUUUUAUAUUAAA